UAUACCUAAGUUGUUGCAGUGGUUGUUUGUAAAAUUUCGUAUCUGCAGAUAUUGAUUGAUCGGGGAAUUGAAGGGCAGUGAUAACUGAUAAUGGCCAUCGCAGCCCCUGGGCAGCUCAACCUCCACGAGUCACCUUCUUGGGGAUCUAGAAGUGUCGAUUGCUUUGAAAAAUUGGAACAAAUUGGUGAGGGCACUUAUGGCCAAGUUUACAUGGCGAGAGAAAUAAAGACGGGAGAAAUUGUUGCUCUGAAGAAGAUUCGAAUGGAUAAUGAGAGAGAGGGAUUUCCAAUAACGGCUAUACGCGAAAUCAAAAUUCUAAAAAAGCUUCAUCAUGAAAAUGUAAUCAAGUUGAAAGAGAUUGUGACAUCUCCAGGACCUGAGAAGGAUGAGCAAGGGAGGCCAGAUGGUAAUAAAUAUAAAGGAGGCAUCUACAUGGUCUUUGAAUACAUGGACCAUGAUUUAACAGGUCUUGCUGAUCGGCCCGGGAUGAGAUUUUCAGUUCCCCAGAUCAAGUGUUAUAUGAGGCAGCUAUUGACAGGUCUUCACUAUUGUCAUGUAAAUCAAGUGCUUCAUCGAGAUAUUAAAGGCUCUAAUCUUCUUAUAGACAACGAAGGUAAUCUGAAGCUUGCUGAUUUCGGGCUUGCUCGCUCUUUCUCAAAUGAUCACAAUGCAAAUCUUACAAAUCGCGUUAUUACCUUAUGGUAUAGACCUCCAGAGUUGCUGCUUGGGACAACCAAGUAUGGUCCAGCCGUUGAUAUGUGGUCCGUUGGUUGCAUCUUUGCUGAACUUCUUCAUGGAAAACCUAUUUUCCCUGGGAAAGACGAGCCAGAACAAUUAAACAAGAUCUUUGAGCUGUGUGGAGCUCCAGAUGAGGUAAACUGGCCCGGGGUUUCAAAAAUUCCCUGGUAUAACAACUUAAAGCCUACAAGACCGAUGAAGAGACGUCUAAGGGAGGUUUUCAGACACUUUGAUCGCCAUGCUUUGGAGUUGUUGGAGAGGAUGCUUACGCUCGAUCCUUCUCAGAGAAUAUCUGCAAAGGAUGCGCUUGAUGCAGAGUAUUUCUGGACCGAUCCAUUGCCUUGUGAUCCGAAGAGUUUACCAAAAUACGAAUCGUCACAUGAGUUCCAGACAAAGAAAAAGCGCCAGCAGCAACGGCAGCAUGAAGAAACAGCAAAACGUCAAAAACUGCAGCACCCCCAGCAGCACGGCCGCCUCCCACCUAUUCAGCAAUCUGGUCAAGCCCAUGCCCAAAUGCGUCCAGGACCAAACCAGCCCCCAAUGCACGGUUCUCAGGCUCCGGUUGCUGCAGGGCCUAGUCAUCAUUAUGGGAAGCCUCGUGGGCCCUCGGGAGGGCCAGGAAGGUAUCCCCCUAGUGGCAACCCUGGUGGGGGUUAUACUCAUCAGAAUCGUGGGGGACAAGGUGGAGGGAGUGGUUACAGUAGUGGGCCGUAUCCCCCACAAGGCCGUGGGGCACCCUAUGGGUCUAGUGGCAUGCCCGGCGCUGCACCACGUGGUGGAGGGGGAAGUGGGUAUGGAGUUGGCGCUCCUAACUACCCACAAAAUGGUCCCUAUGGCGGUUCAAAUGCUGGUCGUGGGUCGAACAUGAUGGGCGGAAAUCGCAAUCAGCAGUAUGGUUGGCAGCAGUAGCACAAGUUCUGUUGAUUUACAAGGAAGAGUCUUUCGACGGAAUUAAAAGAAAGAGCGCGGCUGCUCGAGAAAUUAUCAAGUGUAUGCGUGUAGAUAUACGAUUGAUUUGCUGGCAAAAUUUGCUUGCAAGGGGAUGAUAAUUUCACCGGUAAAUGAUAUCAGGCUCUAUUAGUGCUGUACUCUUGAGUCAUGAAACUGAGCUUGUGCCAACGCUUUAUUUAAAAGAAUUCAGUUAACCGUUUAUUUUAAUUUUUAUGAGUGUUAUAUUUAAUUAUAUAAGCUCUUGUGUUUUAUUAAAAUCAUCUUAUUAUUUAGUUUCAGCAGACUGAUGAUUACACCCUCUUUUUUUUCCCUCUCUCAAUUCCUC